CAAGGCGGCGUUACCGUGCAUUGCAGCUUUCUUGCAGUCCAAAUCUUAAUACCGCAUUUGCUUAUCUACAAACAUACACAACUUGUAUAUUACCGGAUUCGCAUAUUUCUCAUCUUACUGAGGUUUUGUUUGUAACUAUUGUCAUCAUACCCGUCCACCAAUUCAUUAUCGAAGUCCGGCCCUAAAUCUUCAGUCUCCUUAUCCCCAACGAGAGGACUAUCCGACGCAGUUUCCAAACAAAUCCUUUUACUUGCAUCGAUCUUUCCUGCACAUAUCGGUUCAUCCAAAGCAAGACUUUCGCUGGCUACUUCCUUUCAUAUCGCAUUCCAAAGACGAAGAGUUUCAACCUUGACCGCUACUUGCUUUCAUACCCAGUUCUUUCAACAUGGUCAAAUUCUACCCUUCUCUCACGGAGGACCACAUCGAUUUCAUCUCCCGCCAAUCUCUGUUCUUCGUCGCCAGUGCUCCCUGGGCCGGAGAUCACAUCAACAUCUCACCCAAAGGCCAUCCGUCAAGAACCUUUUCUGUCCUCGGCCCGAAGACCGUCGCCUACCUAGACGCAACCGGCAGCGGCUGUGAAACCAUCUCCCACGUCUACGAAAAUGGCCGUGUCACCGUAAUGUUCUCCUCCUUUGGUCCCUCUCCCCAGAUUAUGCGUCUGUUCUGCAAAGGACGUGUAGUCGAAAAAUGGGAUCCGUACUAUGGCCAAUUGCGCGCAAAGAUGGCAGCAGAGAAUGGCGAAUCGGUCGACAUCACCGGUGCGCGUGCCAUUAUCGUGUUGAAGAUCCAAAAAGUUCAGACCAGCUGCGGAUUCGGCGUGCCUCAGCUCGCAGGCGGCAAGCCCGUGGACACGGAGGAAGCAGCAGGUGACGCUAUCACCUAUGUGGACCACGACCAUGACAAGGAAGAAGAGAAUGGUUUCAAGCAGCGUGACACCAUGGAUAAUUGGGCGCGCAAGACGCUGGAGAAGCAAGAGCUUGCCGACUACCAGAAACAGUACAAUCAUCGAUCGCUUGAUGGGCUUCCGGGCAUGAUGAGUGCGCGAAGGUCUCACGAUGAGAAUAUCGCGCUGGAGGACACCAAGGCGUGGUUUAGGAAAGUGAGCAGGCAGCAGGAUGCUGUUGCCCUAGGUGUGGGCCUGGGUGUUGUAUUGAUGUUGUUGUUGAGUCUUGUUGGUGUGCUGAGCAUUAAGCCAGUGUUCUUGCAGCAUAUCUUGAAUGCUCAGCGAAGGCAGUUGGGCUUACCAGAGGAUCAUUCAUGGAAGAGCGAGCUUUGAGGAGCAUUAGAUAUUGCUGCGCGGCUGCGAAGGCUCGUAGAUGCACGGCACAGCCCUGAUUGUUAAUUUUAUCAAGGGAACUAGAUUUAAUAAUUCGCAUUUUCGCUUUGCC